GGCGGGGACCUGACCUCGCAUGCGCCGUCCUGGGGGUUCGUAGAUCCGGGCCUGGGCCGCAGCGCCCGAGCUUUGUUGGAGGAGGAAUCCGGUGCUACCUACUCUGGCUGCUGCCAUGGCCCUUCUCCGAGGUGUGUUUAUCGUCGCGGCGAAGAGAACCCCCUUUGGGGCCUUUGGAGGUCUUCUGAAAGACUUCACAGGUACAGACCUGACUGAAUUCGCUGCCAGGGCAGCCUUGUCUGCGGGCAAAGUCUCACCCGAGACUGUGGACAGUGUUAUCGUAGGCAACGUCAUACAGUCCGCUUCAGAUGCUGCGUACUUGGCAAGGCACGUCGGUCUGCGUGUGGGUGUCCCGACGGAGGCCCCGGCUCUCACUCUCAACAGGCUGUGCGGCUCUGGUUUCCAGGCUCUCGUGAGCGGAUGUCAGGAAAUCUGUGUUAAAGAUGCUGAGAUCGUCCUCUGUGGAGGAACCGAAAGCAUGAGCCAGGCGCCCUACUGGGUCAGAAACAUACGUUUCGGAACCAAGUUUGGAUCAGAACUCCAGCUGGAAGAUUCUCUGUGGACAUCAUUAAAGGAUCAGCACGUCCAACUCUUCAUGGGACUUACUGCGGAGAAUCUUGCUUCCCAACAUAAAAUAAGCAGAGAAGACUGUGACAAAUAUGCCCUGCAGUCCCAGCAGAGGUGGAAAGCUGCUAAUGAUGCUGGCUACUUCAAUAAUGAGAUGGCGCCGAUUGAGGUGAAGACAAGGAAAGGAAAGCAGACCAUGCAGGUAGAUGAGCAUGCGCGGCCCCAGACAACCCUGGAGCAGCUCGCCAAGCUCCCUCCUGUGUUCAAGAAGGAAGGAACCGUCACUGCUGGGAACGCCUCGGGCAUAUGUGACGGUGCUGGAGCCAUUAUCCUUGCCAGCGAAGAUGCUGUUAAAAAGCAUAACUUCACACCGCUGGCGAGAAUCGUGGGCUAUUUUGUGUCUGGAUGUGACCCCACUAUCAUGGGUAUUGGUCCCGUCCCGGCUGUCAAGGGGGCACUGAAGAAAGCGGGACUGAGCCUGAAGGACAUGGAUUUGGUGGAGGUGAAUGAAGCCUUUGCUUCCCAGUACUUGGCUGUUCAGAAGGGUUUGGAUCUUGACCCAAGUAAAACCAAUGUGAAUGGAGGGGCCAUUGCUUUGGGCCACCCACUGGGAGCGUCUGGAACAAGAAUUACCAGCCACCUGGUUCAUGAAUUAAGGCGUCGGGGUGGAAAGUACGCCGUUGGAUCAGCCUGCAUUGGAGGCGGCCAGGGCAUCGCAGUCAUCAUCGAGAGCAUGGCCUGAGAGCGUGGGGCUGGCCACGGCCACUCUCACUGCACGUGGCCCGGCCACGGUGACCUGCCCACGGUGACCCGGCGACCUCGAGGGCAGCUGUGGAAACAGCUGCCACCGAAAGCGACUGAGUUUCACCAGAAGAGCCCGUGCCUGAAUCAGGGCUCUUGGGCUUCCACUGAAUGUGCUGUAUUUCUGCACUAACACCCAGCUGUCGAGGCUUCAGAGGAGUGGUGUCCUUGCCAAGUAAUCACCGCUUACGCCUUAGGUAAUAUAAUAUCAUUGCGAGGAAUUGGAAUAAAUAUUGCCUUAAACUCGG